AGAGGGGAGACGUCUAUACCAGACACACUGCGAGCAUCAGACCCGGGAUGAACAUUGAGGUUGGGAACGUGUCUCACACAGGAGCCAUCAUCUCCUGGUCACCCUCGGAGCCCUGCUUGGAGGACUAUUACCAUAUUAUGUACAGGCCCAACUGGAACAGUAUCUUCUCCGGAUACCUGCGCUAUAACUUCCAUCACGAGGAGAAGGUGCCUCGAACCAUCACCUCUGUGGCAUUGGAACACCUCGCUCCUUCCACUCUCUACUUCCUCUGUAUCAGCUGCAAGAAGGCUGCCUUCCCGUAUAGUCACUACUGUACCAUGUUCCACACCCUGGAUAAGAGUCCGCUGGCUGCCGGGGGCUCCCUGGUGGACCCCCAGAUUUCUCUUUGGGUGCUGAUGGCCAUCCUGCUGGCCUGCUUCACUGCUGUGCUGGCCUUCAUCUGCCUCCAGUUCUGGUGCCUCCGCUGUCACGAACCUCGGUGGUCUUACAGAGCCGGCCAAAUGGAGGAAGCCAAUGGGUUGGUAAGAUGGCCCGAGGAGACCCCAGCUCUUGGUCAGAGGGAAGAAGACCUGCAGGGGUUCCCCCUGGAGGAACUGCCACGAAAGAACUCAGGGGCCAGGGCCAAAGCUGAACCAGAGGCUGAAGCCAUCCAGGAUGCCUUAGAGGUGGUGGCCUUAGCUAGAGAGAUUGGUAACCAACCGGCCAUACUGCCUCACUAUAGGGAGUGAGCAACAGUAAGGAGAUGCCCCGUUUUCCAAAGCUUAAAUUGCUCUCCAUAGUUGGUCCUAUUUGUGAAAAUUUGUCUAUAGACCUCCCACUUCUGUCCUCUCACAUGUCAGUGCUGUAUAGAUGUCACAUGACAACGGUCCCCAAGUUGGACAACACAGACCCUCAAGGUACAUCAGGGGCAAACAAGGCAUUGUUUCAGUAUUGUCUAUUUGGAGGCCUAGCAAAGAACGGAAGACUCUGUUUCAGUAUUAAAAUCAACCAUGGCUAUGUGAUGGACAGUGAAAGUAGCUAGACCUGAAUCUGGCACAGUACUUGGAAGAAAUGAGACUAGCAUUAACAUCAAUACAAAUGUCUUUCUUUUAUGUAAGCUAAGGUUUGAAAGAGAACUGGGAAGGGAAACCAGAUUUUUAGUUUGUGACCCAUGUCUCUAAGCCUCUUGAAAUGACGUCUGCAAGACAUCUCCACUCCUCCCUCCCUCCCUCCCCUCCUUCCUUUGUUUUCUUCUGUGUAUGGGGAUACAGUCUCCCAUAACAGUCUUGGCUAACUGGAACUUGCCACGUAGACCAGACUGUCCUUGAACUCAGAGCAGUCCUGCUGCCUCAGACCCUCAGUGCUAGGACAGGCGAGUGCUACCACCCCUGGAUGAUGAGCCUCUCUAGGUUUGAGAAAUUACCUUAAACAGUUUGACUUCUCUGGAGAAGACACCCAUCCUCUCUAGCAUCCUCCUCCUACACAGUAGGUGCCCCAGCCAGAGCCUCUCUGGGGUUCACCACACUUCUAAAGCUCUCACUCCACCAUAGUCAUCUCGGCUUAUCUCUGCUGAGUUUAAAAAUGGGAUCAAAGGUGGCUGGGUUUUGUUCCAUUAGCAAGAAAAUCACUGGUGUCUCUCGCCCCCCCCCCCCCAUCCCCAGUGGGAGACAUGUUUCUUUAUUCCUUCUACAUGAGCCCCUAUUGUAAGGGUUAAAUUGUACAUAUUGUGACCUUGGUGGGACUUGUUGGAAACUAUUCCCUCCACAACUGUGGAAAUGAGGGUGUGGGUGGGUGUACGUCAUGUCUCCAUUCCCGAUGGACACCGAGCAUGGACAACCUAACCCAUGUCUGGCCUACAAGGGGUAUAUAAGAAAUGCCAUUGAGUGAAUGGGCAGAAGGACCGAGGAAUUAGAAUGGACCCAGUGGCGACAAUCACUUGGAAUGAAGAUGUGCACAUGUGAGGAAACAAAAUAAGUCACAUGAGGUAGAGGAGACCUUCCUCUCAGAAAUAGUUCUAGACACCUACAAUGGCCUUUAAGCUCUGUCUGUAAAGCUCUGGAACUUACAGAGCCCAGAAUCCCAGAAUCACCUGAUGAUGUUAUGAUAAAUCAACCAAGAAAUGGAAGAAACUGGGAGGCCACAAGGAGACUCCCCAUGUCCCCAGUUACCCACCCACCUCAGCACAUUACUCACCCCUCACCUCAGCUCCUGCCCAGCUCCCUCUGUCCAGAAUGUUCUACCCCAUCCCUGCUAGCUGUGAACUAAUAAAGUUGAAUGGACUUGC